AUGUUCUUCAGAUCGAUCCUGGCUGCAUCGGCCCUUGUUGCCUUUGGCAAUGCUCAAACCAUUGUAACCUCCAGCGCCUCGUCGGUGGCACCAUCCAGCACAGUUGCGCAGUCUAUGCCACCAACUGCUACACAAGCAUUCGACGCCAACAAUGUGACCGCCGCCACUAAGUUUCAAUGGUGUCUGGCUCAGCUCAACACUUGCCCUCAGAUAUGCGGUGGUGCAGCUUCUCUCAACACAUGCGAUAGCAACACUCUCAUGUACAGCUGCACAUGCCCCAACGGAACUGUGCCAGACUCCACCGCCUAUACCCAGAGCCUGCCCUUCUUCGUCUGCCAGGAGACCUACAUCCAAUGCGUCAGAAACAACCCAAACAACGCUCAGGCCCAAGGAGCUUGCCGAACAAACCAGCAAUGUGGUACUCGAAAUGCUACAGCUGAAGCACUCCUCUCUACUUCUGGUGCCUCGUCCAGCGUAGCUUCUGCCACGAGCAGAGCCAGCAGUUCUGCAGCUUCUGGUACAGGCAGUGCUGCCUCAUCUGCUGCCUCGGCUACGUCCAGUGGCAGCGACGCUUCCAUGACCACCAUCACAACUGGUGCUUUCAUGGCUGUCCUCAUGGCUGCUUUCAAGCUCCUGUUGUAA